GGAGGGAAGGCCCAAGUUUGGGCCAGGCCUUGUCUGCUGCAAGGAAACCCCGGCCUCGCGCCGCUUUCCGCAUCCACUCACAUCGGCCUGCCUUCUCCUCCUGCUCGGCCCUUCCGGCCUGCCUUCCCCGCCCAGAGACGCCGCCUCGGCUGCCACGCGACGGGGAAGCGGUUCCGGCGCAAAGGGAUUCCCCUUCGCCGCUACCGCCAAAGCCGACUAGGUCCGACUAGGCCGCGUUGCCUAGCAACCGACGACAUCCACCCACCCACAGCCAGGCUUCGUUUGGGCAAAAGUAGGAGUAGGCCCCGACUAGGCCGCGUUGCCUAGCAACCGACAGCACCUACCCACCGCCAGGCUUCGUUUGGGCAAAAGUUAAGAGUAGGCCCCGACUAGGCCGCAGCCUCCCCAUUGGUCGAUGCUUCCCGGGCAGGAUCCCCUUGGGCGCCAAACCUCAUGUGCAGACAGAUUCCUGCAAAGGGGCUCCUGAAAGGAUGAUGACCGCUUUGGCCGUCCCUCGGCGCAUGCUGCAGCUGACCCUUGCUGUGGUCAAGCCUGAUGCUGUGGCUCACCCACUCAUCCUCCAGGCGGUGCAUCAAAUUAUCAUGGAGAACAGAUUCUUGAUUGUCAGGAGCAAGGACCUGCGGUGGAGCCGGCAGGAGAGCCAGCGCUUCUACAAGGAGCAUUCAGGUCGGUUUUUCUAUCAGAGGCUGGUGGAGUUCAUGGCCAGCGGCCCAAUGCGGGCCUACAUCCUGGCCCACCAGGAAGCCAUUUCCCUCUGGAGGUCCCUGAUGGGCCCCACCAAGGUGUUCCGCGCCCAACACACCCACCCAGAGUCCAUCCGCGGAGCCUUUGGCCUCACCGACACCAGGAACACGGUGCACGGCUCAGAUUCAGCCCUGUCGGCCAGCAGGGAAAUCGCCUUCUUCUUCCCAGAGUUCAGUGAAGAGGACUGGUUCCGGGAUGAGGAGCCCCACCUGCGCAGGGAGCCGGACCCCAAUGAACCCAAGGAAGCCAUCCACUCCCGACCAGAAUACAGCUGGACAGAGGCAGGUGGAUGAAGGCGUCUAAUGCCUUGCAUUGCCAUGCCGAGGUCUCGUUUGGAGGUAGACAGGAUUCCAUCAAGGCGAAACAGAUCCAAUGUUUACCCUGGGACUGGGCUCCUGUUGUGAAUAUUUUGUGGCCCAAAGAAGAAGUCCAGUUCCCUAUUGCUAUCAGGAGAUAAGGAUGAUCAUCAUAUAACUCAGAGAGAAAUUUCAAACAUAAUCGGCAUUUCACAAGAACGUGUGGGUCACAUUAUUGCUUUGCUUGGCUAUCGGAAGAUCUGUGCACGAUGGGUUCCCAGGAUGAGAGAACAGUGAGACGCUGGUUGCGGAAACAGAGUGUCGACUUCUUCCGUGACAGCUUCAGAAAACUUGUUCAUCGUUGGCAGAAAUGUAUCCAAUUGUCUGGUGAUUGUGUGGAAAAGUGAAUAGUGGUAGU